CAGACCUGUUAUAAAAACACGCUUCUCCCUUUGUCAAAACUGACUACAUUUGGAGAAGUACUAACCAGAAAAGUUACGAAUAAACCGUGGUUACAUUCAAAACGCUGAAUCCCAAAACUGCCUCCUUGUACUACUUUGAACAACUAUUUACUUCUCCCAUCAAUUUCACGGGGUGCCUCUUCUAUUAAGAAGUGAUUAACUGGUUGACUAUAGAGUAUAGAGUGGUUAAAUUCUCAGUCAAGCAUUGCAAGCCCCUAUCGAACCGAUAACACCAAGCCACCAUGUCAGAACACCAAUAUAAAUUUAAUGUCACGAUGAGCUGUGGCGGUUGCUCGGGAGCAGUCGAGCGAGUUCUCAAGAAGCUUGAAGGCGUUAAAUCCUUCGAUGUAAACCUUGAAUCGCAAACGGCAACUGUCGUCGCCGAACCGACCCUGGAGUAUGACACCGUUCUCAACACGAUCAAGAAGACUGGUAAAACUGUGAUUAAAGGCGAGGCAGAUGGGACGGAGAUGGCUGUCUAGAGCCUGCCAUUUUCCGAACUGGCAGUAGAAAUUCCAUAGUUAUUUUUUCCAACUUAGGGCUGUUGGAACACUGCCGAUGUGCUGUUGUCUGUCGCACCGAAGUGACCACCACUUUGCCAGGCGGGGAAAGCAAUGACGUAUCAACCAGUCUGUAGAUACAGUUUGGCUUCUAAAAACGAAAGGAGAAAUAUUUAUAGCUUG